AUGGCCCUGAAGCCCGAAGAAAUCGAAAGGCGUUUCGUGGCACGCUGGAACAAGGAAUAUAGUGAAAAGCGAUACUUUCGCUUCAACGUCGAACAAGGAUUGCAGAAAGUUGUUUUGACGGAGUACUCAAAAGAGAAAAUGAUAGAGUCCGCUACAUAUGACUACCUCCACCAAGGGUCACAAAAGUCCUGCAUUCGUGAUUGCAUCUUGAAUUUAAUCGAAAAAGAAGGUACGAUAUUCAUUCCGGAUCGCUUCCUUGCUUUCGGCUGGAUAGCUAAGAUUCCACAGAGAAAGCAGGGUUGGAUUUUGAGGAGAUUAUACGAAAAAGCCUCCUGCCUGGGUCGUGGCUCCGACAUUAUGAAUACGGAGAAUCAGGAGAAUCCGACAGAUCAACAGCCCAACGUCUCCGGCGAAGCCAUCAGUAUCCAGGGCUAG